AUGGCUCUCCGGAUUCAGUUGUUAAAAAGACCAAUAUGUCUCAAGACUUCAAAACGUACACUAUUCCAAUCUUAUACAGGGUUACCGAGGAACUCAUACAUAGCUAAUAAGACUUACCCGCUACUAGUAUGGAAUAACUUAAUACCAUACCAAUUCAAAUAUCUUAGUGGCUUAGGGGCAGGAGUAUUGGCAUUUGUCAAUCUUCAUCCACAAGUUUGGAUUACGUUGGGACCUCCGAUUAUAAUUGCUGGAUACUAUUUGAACAAAAGAUUGAAGCACGAUUUGUAUGUGCGAAAUUCCAAUCAAGUUGUUGAUGGUGACAGGGAACUGGUGUCAGGGUAUCCCCCUACUGAAAUUGUAAAAUUAUUACCGUAUGAUGAAACACAAUUGUACAACGUUCAAGAGGAGAUUGACAACGAAUACGAAUCCUUAAGGAGACAGGUUGUGGAUGUGGUGGGGAAGAGGAUAAUUGAGUAUGUCACUGCAAAUCCAAAAUUACUUCAGAAAGACGAAAUCUUGUCGAGUUUCGUUGAUAACUCCCAAUUCAAUAUCAAUAUAUCUGAAAACGAAAUUGAAAGCUGGGUCACAAGUCAGGUGAAGUUGCCUGAAAGCUCUGCAAAAGACGGUGAUGAGCUCAUACGAUUCAUCAAAUUGCUGAUCCCUUAUUACAGUGAAAAGACGCUCAAAACACGAAAGAGACUAGGCUUGAUAUCAGUGUACUUGUUGAAGCUCAAUGAUACUGACUGGGCUAUUUCCCUCGAAAUAUCUCCAUUGGGCUGGAAAGCAAAGUCGACCUGGAUACGAGGUAUUUCAUCUGUAGAGAAUAUGGAAAGUGAGUUAUAUAAAAAGUUUAGAAACAUCUAA